AGAAGAAGGCGCUGCUCCCGUUGCAGAGGCUCCCGCUGAGGGUAAACAAGUGGCAGGAUAAAGGCUACCUCUGCCACUAAGUACAGUGCACUUAGACCUCAACAGUUGUAAAUGUUACAUUAACUUUCACAUAGCCUGGAUGCUCCGGAUAUAUCUUUUCUAAUGGAUAUCUACAUUGCUAACCUAGCUCAUGCUAUUGCUUCAACUAAAAUGAUUGUUUUGCUGCUUAUCUAAUGAUAGCUGAAGCUCCUGCUGAACCUGCAGUUGUUGAGGAGCCUCCUAAGGCCCCCACACCCCCACCUCCUCCAGUCCCCACCAGUGCUCCCCUGAAUGUUGCUGUGGAGGACGUAAACGACAACAGUUUGACCAUAAACUGGACAGCCCCGGAGACCAUCGGGGACUCGGGUCUGGAUGGAUACACUGUGGAGUACUGCAAAGAUGGGACGACAGACUGGGUGGUGGCUAACGAGGAGCUGACCUCUACCACCCGCUUCUGCAUUAAAAAUCUGACAGCGGGUGACCUGCUGAAUGUGCGCGUGGUAGCUGUAAACGCUGGGGGCCGCAGUGAACCUGGGGCCCUCGCUGCUCCUGUGACCAUCCGUGAAAUUGUUGAUCGCCCCAAGAUUCGCAUGCCUCGCAUUCUCCGAGCUCGCUAUGUCAGACAAGUUGGAGCACAGAUCAACCUGGUCAUCCCCUUCCUUGGUAAGCCAAGCCCUGUUGUUACAUGGCUGAAAGAUGGGCAGCCUCUGGACACUAAAAGAGUCAAUAUCAGAAACAGUGACAAAGACAGCAUCAUAUUCAUCCGCUCUGCUCAGAGGGAGGACUCAGGAGUGUUUGAGAUGACCGUUAAAGUGGACAGCUUUGAAGACAAGGCCACCAUCACACUGCAGAUUGUGGAGUUGCCUGGACCUCCAGCCAGUGUCAAGUUGGUGGACACCUGGGGCUUCAAUGCAGCUCUGGAAUGGACUGCUCCCAAGGACAAUGGCAACACCGAAAUCACUGGAUACACUGUGCAGAAAGCAGACCAGAAGACAGGGGAAUGGUUCACAGUGUUGGAGCAUUAUCACAGACUCACUGCCACUGUGUCAGACCUCAUCAUGGGAAACACUUACAUAUUCAGGGUGUUCUCCGAGAACCGAGUGGGCAAGAGUGAGAGCUGUGCUGUCACAAAGGACGUAGCCCAAAUCCAAAAGACAGGUAUUGUGUACAAACCACCGGAGUACCCUGAGCAUGACUUCAGCGAGGCACCUAAGUUCACCACGGCUCUGAAUGACCGCGCCGCCACCGUGGGAUACACCACCAAACUGCUGUGUUCAGUCCGCGGAUCUCCCAGGCCCAAAAUUGAGUGGUUGAAGAAUCAGAUGAUCAUUGGAGACGACCCAAAGUUCAGAAUGCUCUCCAACCAGGGCAUCUGCUCUCUAGAGAUCCGAAAGCCCUGCAGCUUUGAUGGGGGUGUGUAUACCUGCAGAGCAAAGAACGAGCAAGGAGAGGCCACUGUGUCCUGCAAGCUAGAGGUCAAACAGGUCAUGCUCCCAGAUGCUGAGAAAGGCAAAUAAGAUGACAUUUUCGUGGACCAUCAGAGGUCCAAGUCUUAUUUAUUAGUGUAACCAAGGGUGAAUGACAGGAGCAGGGUCUGUAUGUGUGUACAAUACACAUGGAAUGGACAGAGAAGAGCAUCUUUGUAUCAGUUUUAUCAACAGGAAGACCUCCCCACUACACCAGCUCAAAAAGAACAAUCCUCAAAUCAAACUCUGUCGGACGUUUGUAGUUCAGUUGGUGAAAUGUAUGUUAGACUAAUUGAAAAAAUGUUGUCAGUGCAGUUUAUGUUUGUGUUGUACUUAAUAAAACACUAGCCUAUUUCUUCAAACUGGCAAAUGCUCCAUGUGUUGCAAAAAGCUCUGUUGAUGUUACUUUUAACUGGUACUUUACUGCCACCAGGUGGCAAACAUUUGGAUUGCAUGAAAAGUAAAAAUAAAGUAAACAUUUUGCUGGUUUAGCCAGAUUGUGUUGACUGUGCUUGGCUUGAAUCCAGCUGACGGUGAGUGAUCCAAGUGAUGAGAAAAAAGUAAAAAAAACGUGCAAGAUUGUUUUGGUCCAUACAAGCCAGGUCUGAAUAUUCCAAAUUACAAAAAUACAUUUAGGCCUACAUAUACAUUAUAAUAGAUGAAUGGAAACUAUAAUCUCAUAAAAAAAUCUUUAUUGCAUAAAUGAGCAGUAAUUUGAAUAGUUAAAUAUACGUUCCUGUUUUUUGUUCCCUAACGCCACUGCUGUUAAUAGGACAGAUUUUGGUGUGUGCGCAUGAGGAGGAGGGCAUGUCACACUGUUUCUGAAACUGCACAUAACAGAAAUGCACAAUGUUUACCAAAUGAAAGAGUGAAUGUAUAAAAAGCUUGGCUCAUGUGGUGACAAAUUAAUCUUAACUGAGACAAAUUUUACAGUAUGAAUAAUUGUGCUUAAUAAAUGUGCUUUUUAAACAGCAGUGUUGUGUCGAGUUCAACACCUAAAUAUUUAAUACAAUCAACUACAAUUUAAUUUCAGGAGUAAAAGGAAGAUUACUCUACAUGCUGACAGUUUUAUUGAUAUUUAGAGUAAGACAUGAGCACACCAUUCAGUCUGAGAUCUGAGAUAUUGUGAGUGUACAUCUGUGUGCUUACUUCUGGACAGACUGGCAUGGUCAUUAAUAUAAACACUGAACAAGAGGGGGCCUAAAAUGCAGCCUUGUGGCACCCCAACUGAGCUGUCUAUAAAAGAGAACAUAGUGCCCUUAAUUCUUGUACAGUGUUUUCUUUCUUGCAAGUAUGAUCCAAAUUAUUACAAUGCACCUUCUGAGAGAUUAUGUCUGGAUAAUUUAGAUAAAAAGAUGUUAUGGUUUACUGUGUCAAACGUUUUUUUGGGGGUCUACGAAUAUGGCUCCAAGCACCCCCAUUUAUCCAACACACAUUUGAGCAGUUUGACAAAAAAAUAAAUAAAAUAAAAUAAAAUUAUGUUUUCCAAAGCAUAAUUGUAGCGGAUGUAGGGGUUGUUCUCCAUAAUAAUAGAUAGUACAGGUAGGAUGCUCACUGGCCUGUAGUUGUAAAGUUUGGUCACAUUUCCCCCUUUGUGCAAUGGUUUUCAAACAGUCAGGGAAGACUGAAAAAAAAAAAUUGAAAACAUUGGCUAUCAUUGUUUCAUCUUGAAUUAGCUCAUUAUUCAUUUUGA